CGCCCGUGCUCUGAGAUGACGUUAGCGAGCGGCGCCAUGUUGUGCGUGCCUCACUCGGUGCCGGGCCUGCUGACUGGUGCAGGGGAAACUUUAUUCUGCAGUACUCUUGUUCCUGGUGAUUGGCGCGGGGGGACGCUUUCUGUUGCACCGCUAAGAUGGAGCCCGAAAGCCUUCUCGAAGCUCUGGCAGAUUUCGAGAAGAAGUCCAAGAAGGAAGUGUCGUCGCAAUUGGACCAGUUCCUUUGUCAUGUCGCAAAGACUGGAGAAACCCUAUGCCCCAAUAUCCUUCUGCAUGGAAGUAUGUGCUACAGGUCGACCUUCACUAAUCCGGCACCAUUGGGACCUGAGGAGUGCCGGAUUAGUGAAAAUGCUGAAUUACAGAAGGAUCACAUUAAGCAUAAUCAGUGCCGGAUUUUCGAAGGAACCGGAUUACAGGAUUCCUUGGUCACAGUUUAAAUGCUACUUUGUAUUCAAAUUGGAAAAAGUCAUGGAUGACUUCAGAGCUUCAGCUCCUGAACCUAGAGCUCCACCUAAUCCGAACGUGGAAUACGUCCCGUAUGACGAAAUGAAGGAACGGAUUCUUAGAAUUGUUAAUGGUUUCACAGGUAUUCCCUUCACAAUCCAGCGUCUAUGUGAGCUGCUUACUGAUCCUAAGAAGAAUUACACUGGGACAGACAAAUUUCUCAGAGGAAUUGAAAAGAACGUUAUGGUUGUCAGCUGUGUGUAUCCCUCAACAGAGAAGUACAACUUUGGCUCAAAUAGUUUGAAUCGAGUGAAUGGCAUCAUGCUGUCAGGAAGCCAUACUGCUUAUACAGAUAGAUCUAAUAUCAAUGGUCCUGGCACUCCAAGACCCCUGGGCCGAUCAAAAGUUUCGUUAUCAAGUUCUUUAACUACAAACGGUUUGCUGAACAGUUCUGACAGGGAAUUAAAUGUGCAACAAACGGAAGACAAAUCUCAUAGUGAUUCCCCCACAUCCCAUGGAGAAGACAUGCAGAGUAGCUGUUCAAAAAAUAAACAUUUGGAGGAUACAAUGGAAGCUGAGGCUCCUGAAGUGAAACGACUGAAAUUUGACAAGGAAAAUGAGGAAGACGAGUCCGUACAUUCUGAGGGUUCUUCAGAAAUGCCUGAAGAAAGUGAGAAAACGAGAAAACAGGAAGAAGCCAAAGAUGCCAGUGAAUUUACUGAUCCAACUAACGUAGAUAAAAAUGAACCGUCAAGUGCAAAAGUGAAAGCCUUGCUUGAAUCUGAUCAAGAGAAAGUUGAUGUUUCAUUUAAAAAUAUCAAGACUUCAGAUGAAAAUCAAAUGGACCAAUCAGACCAAACCAAGACAUUAACUUACAAAGCAGGUGAAAUCAGUGAAAAUACUGACACUGUUAGUAACAGUGUGGACUGCAGCACUGCAGGAAAACCAGAUACUCCACCGGAAACUCCAGAAAUGCCUUCUGAGAGCCCAAUGGAGAACAGUGCGGAUGUUACAGAAGAACCAAUGGAACAGGACUAAGAAUAGAGAUUAUCUGUGCUGUAUUUUCCAUGAGGUGUUGAUUUUACACUGUAUAAAUUUUAUGUAAUAAAGUGGACCUUUGUUUUGCAGACGAGGAGGGAUAGACCUUUGCUGAUCCCAGGAAGAGCUGUGCUAGAUGAGAACUGUGAAACCAGCUCCUUUAUAUCUCAUCUACUGCUCCCAUCAUUUUUUGUUUUGUUUGGUCAAAUCAGUGGGUUAAGAAUAGAUUUUUAUUUAGAGAAAGUUCUUAACUGGAAAGUAGAAGUAUAAAUUGUCAAAUUGUUUUGCAGUUAAUUGGACUAGGCCGUUUACCAUAAUUUUUGUUAGUUUUUUUAAACUUUCAAAAUUUAAUUACAUAGUCAUUGUUUCAACUUUUAAUACAUAUUCUUAAAACACUGCUGAAACCGAAGGUUACAACACAUUCCAGGAAAAACUCUAAAUUAUACAUCAUUUCACUUCUGAUCCUGCAUUGAUGGGAUUGAUUAAUCAAAAAGGGAGUAUGUGGUUCACAUAAAUGUGAAACAAAAGCUGCAGAGUUGUUUCAAGAUCAUUUUGUUUUGGUUGCAAAAUAAAUGCUUUUUUAUUCACUGUUCAAGCUGCAAAAGGUGGGAAGUAGUUGCUCAAUUUAUGCUCAGUGGUUAGAACAUUGUGAAUAUUUGACUAAGAUCAUUUCAGUUAAAAUACUUGUAGCAUGCAGGCAGCAAUGUUACACUUAUACCACUGACUGCAUUGAAGAGCUACGGCAAUUAACCUGUUAAUUUGGUAUUGUGCCAGAUCUUGUAUACUGGUAAUACAAUUUUAGGAGGUGCAUUGAACCACCAUGAUUUGUACAAAAUUUUGAAGUGAAAGAUAUUUUUGAACAUGCUACUACAUAUUGACAGCCAGUGAUUGUACCUCUUUGGAGAUGAGAACUCAAAGCACAAACGAUAACCUGUACUUGUGAUGUUUUCUGAUUUCCAACUUGUAUAUUCAAAAUCCUUCAACUAACUUUCACAAUUACUGGCUGUCAAGUUUGUACUUGUUUCUGGCAACUGUACUUUUUGAUAUUUAGAAUUUUUAAAUUUCUGUAAGUAGAUUUUGUAGAUUGUAAUUGUUCACUGCCUUUGUGACACGUUAUAUAAUUGUAUAAUUUGUGUGUAAACUGAAUGCUAUGGCUUUCAAUACAGUAUUCAUAUAAAGCAAUAAAUGUUAUAUCUGGACACAAUCUGGAGAUACACUCCAGUUCCCGUUGAUAAAAUUUGCACAGGUUUACCAGAGACCAUAAUGACUGCACGUAACUGGCAAUCGACAAGAUUGUCAGUUUUGUCUUUUCCUGUGAAUGUAGUAUUUUGCACUUGUUAAAGUGAAUAUUCUAAAGAUAUAGUUUUGUGGGAUCUUAAAUUAAUUUUCUUAUGAGAGAAUUAACAGUCUUCAUCCUAAGUGGUAUGUAAAAUUUUACAGGAUGCAUAAGCGCUGUAACAUUGUUUCUCUUCAGUGCUGUGGUUGCAAAGGAUAUGCAUCUUAAGUUGCUAAUUAAACAAUAGUUUCACAAGUUUUUUACCAAUCUGAUCAGCAAAAAUGUUUUUGAAUUUUAAUCUUGAUCUUAGUAUCACUGGGAGAGCUUUAAAAGUACAGAAAAACAGGUUGAUUUUUGUGCACAUUUCUGCCUUGGGGGUGAAGGACUAGGGUAUUUUUUUAACACACCAGCCUAACCAUAACUUGGGUUGUCUUAGUAACACUUGAGCUGACCAACUUUUCAAUCAAUUGAAUAAAAAAGAAAAUGGGGUUAAUGAGUUUGUCACAUUUACAAGCUAAGAACUCAGAAUUGUAUGGAUAGAAAUCAAGUUUGGAUUUGACCUUUUCCUCUCACCCAUUUCAUUCCAUCUUGUCGUUGUAGAACAUAUUCAACACCUAGAAAUAGUAAUAUUGAUUAGUAAUAUUUGAGAAGAUUCUAGAAUACACCAGUUAAACUAUAAUGGUAAUGCAAUUUUAAUUAAAUUUUAUUUCCUGUGUAAUGCAGCAAACCAUGCCUAUGCUUUUCACAGAAAUCUAUUGCCACCUCUCAUCUGUUAGUUUUUCUUUCAUAGUUCCAGUGAAUUAUCCCUUUUAAAAUUAUUAAGAGUUUGCUUCCAGUAGUGCAUCUGAUGCAGUUUAAACAGCUUGGGGGUGUCUUGCAUUUAUUCUUUGCUUUAUCUACAAACUUGACAUCCACUUGCUGAACAGUCAAAACUCUGGUUAGUUAACUUUGGUAUUUUAAUCAUAAGGCCAUAAGACGGAGCAGAAUUAGGCCACUCCGCUUAUCGAGUCUACUCCACCAUUCCUUCAUGGCUGAUUUAUUACCCCUCUCAACCCCACUCUCCUGCCUUCUCUCCAAAACUUUUGAUAGCCUAACUAAACAAGAACCUAUCAACCUAUACUUAAAAUAUGCUCAGUGAGCUGGCCUCUACAGCUGUCUGUACAAUGAAUUCCACAGGUUCACCACCCUCUAGCUAAAGAAGUUUCUUCAGAGGCUGCCUUCUAGUCUCCUGGACUCAACCACUAUAAGAAACCAUCGUCUCCAUAUCCACUCUGUCUAGGUCUUUCAAUAUUCCAUAGAUUUCAAUGCGAUUUCCCCCCUACCCCCCUCAUUCUUUUAAACUUCAGUGAGUAUGGGCCCAGGCCCAUCAAACCCUCCUUGUAUGUUAAUCUUACAUUCCUGGAAUCAUUCUCCUGAAUGUCCUUUGUACCCUCUCCAAUGUCAGCACAUAACUUCUUAGAUAAGGGGGCGAAAACUGCUCUCAAUACUCCAAAUACAGUCUGACCAAUGCCUUAUGAAGCCUCAUCAUUAUAUCUUUGCUCUUUUAGUCCCUGAAAUGAAUGCUAACAUAGCACUUUCCUUUUUUCUAACCACCAACUCAACCUGUAAUUUAACCUUUAGGGAAUCCUGCACAAUGACUCCCAGGUCUUAUUUUUGUAUUUUCUUCCCAUUCAAAAAAUAGUCUGUACCUUUAUUCCUACCAAUGUGCUUGACCUCAUACCAUCUUCUAACUUUGCCCAUUCUCCUAAUCUAGGUCCUUCUGCGGACUCCCUGCUUCCUCAGCACGACUGGCUCUUCCACCUAUCUUGUACUGUCUUCAAUCUUGGCCGCAAAGCCAUCAAUUCCAUCAUCCAAAUUGUUGACAUAGAAUGUGAAAAGAAGGGAUCCCCAUACUGACCCCUGUGGAACACAACUUUUCACUGGCAGCCAACCAGAAUAGGGUCCUUUAUUCCAUUUCUUUGCCUCUUGCCAAUCUUCUAUCCAUGCUGGUAUCUUUCCUGUAAUGCCACAGGCUCUUAUCUCAUUAAGCAGCCUCAUGUGUGGCACCUUUUCAAACUCUUGUGGAAAUCCAAAUAAACAAUAUCCACUGACUUUCCUUUGUCUAUCCUGCUUGUUAUUCCCUCAAAGAUUUUCUCUUAAAGAAACUGUGCUGAAUUUGGCCUACUUUUAUACAUGCACCUCCAAGAACCCUGAAACUUCAUACUUAAUAGUGGACUCCAAUAUCUUCCCAACCACUGAAAUCAGACUAACUGGCUGAAAAUAUCCUUUCUCCUGUCUCUCUCCCUUUAUAAAGAGUGGAGUGACAUUUGCAAUUUUCCAGUCCUCUUGAACAAUUCCAAAAUCUUGAAAGAUCAUUAAUGUUUCCAUAAUCUCAUCACCUACCACUUUCAGAAACCUGGGGUGUAGUCCACCUGGUCCAGGUGACUUAUUUACCUUAAGACAUUUCAGCUUCCCAAACACCACUUGAUUAGUAAUAGUAACUGCAUUCACUUUUGCCUUGCCUCUUGAAUUUCAGGUAUACUGUUAGUAUCUUCCACAGUGAAGAAUGAUGCAAAAUAGUAGAUCUUCUGCCAGUUAUCUGUCCCCUCAUUACAUCCUCUCCAGUGGUCCAAUAACCAGUCUCACCUCUUUUACUCUUUAGUUAUCUCUUUGAUAUUUUUGAUGAUCUUGCCUUCUGAUUUCAGCUUGUCUUUCCUCGUGGCUUUUUUUUCCAGUUCCCUUUUGUUUUUAAAAACUUCCCAAUCCUCUAACCUCCCACUGCUUUGCUAUAUUAUAUGCCCUCUUUUGAUUUUAUGCUGUCUUUGACUUCCUUUGUCUGCCAUAGUUGCCUCAUCCACCCUUUUACAAUACUUCCUGCAUCUUCUGAAUUUCCCUCUUGAAACUCCAGCCAUUCCUGAUCUGUCAUCUCCGCUAGUGUCCCUUUCCAAUCAGCUUUGUCCAGCUCCCCUCUCAUAAAUCUGAAAUUCCCUUUACUCCAUUGUAAUACUGUUACAUCUGACGGGCUUCUCUCAAAUUGCUGGGCAAAUUCUAUCUUAUUAUGAUCACGGUUUUCUAAGGAUUCCUUUACCUUAAGCUCUCUAAUCGAAUCUGGUUCAUUACACACCACCCAUUCCAGACUUGCCUUUCUUCUAGUGGGCUGAACUACAAGCUGCUUUCGUAAACCAUAUUGUAGGCAUUCUACUAAUUCUCUAUCUUGGGAUGCAGCAACACCCUGGUUUUCCCAAUCUACCUGUGUAUUAAAAUACUCCAAUACUACCAUAAUGUUGCCCUUAUUAUAUGCCUUUUUUUUAGAUCCUCAUGUUUGUUUUUAAGCCAUUGCAAGGGAUGGACUUCAUUAACAUAAAUUAUUGCCAUAGAAAGUUGUAGUGAGCUGUUGCCCUGGACCACCUCAGGUUUAUCACAGUGCCUUUAGUGAUGGCGUUCUAGGUUUUCAUCCAGUAAUAAUGGGGAGACAAUAGAUCCAAGUCAGAGUGGUGUAAGACUUGGAGGGCAAAUUUUCCUCUGCUCUCCUUGUCCUUCAAGGUGGCAGAUUUGGGAAGUGUCAUAUAAGCCUGUCAAAGUUGCUGUACUGCAUCUUGUGGCUGGAAUAUCAUGGUGCACAAAUGUAGGGUGUGGAUGUUCACUGCAAUGGAUGGAGUACCGGUAUUGUAAGAAUAAAUUUUUCAUGGCUUGCCUCAAAUGCAGUCAAAUUUAUUAAUUUGAAUUUUCCAGGUGA